CAAGCUUUCAAAUUCUUCUACUUAUUACCAACUUUCACCCGAUCCACUCUCUGAUCCUCAUGCAUCACGAACUAACGGGCUCUUACAACAUUCCACAAGGAAAAAAGGGUCAUGAUGAAUCAUCUGCAAUGAUUUCUACAGAGUUAUCACUAAGUCCAAGCAGCUUCCAAAGCAAAAAAAGGAAGCAUAUUGGUGGUGCAAGCAGAACCCAAUGUUCUAGUGCUUCAAAGAGAAACAGAAAGAAGACAUCAUCAGCAUGUUGCAACAAUAAUAAUGAGAGGCAGUACAAUUGGGGGUGUUCAACAUCAUUGGAGCUUUAUGAUAACCCAUGGAAGAUCAAGAAAGCCUUAACAUCAAGUGAUCUUGGGAAACUGAAUAGGCUCUUGUUUGGGGAAGAUUUGCUUGAAAACUUAAUGGUUCCUGUACUUGGUGUUGAUGCUCAAAGAGAAGCUGAAAAUGGAAUGGGAACCCCAAUUAGGGUUUGGGAUGUUGACACCAUGUCCAUGCACCACUUGAUUCUCAAGCGUUGGGCUUCUUUCAAGAACUAUGUUUUGAUUGGGAAAUGGAAUCCAGAUUUUGUGAAGAGAAGGGAGUUGAAGAAAGGAGAUGAAAUUGGAUUUCAAUGGGAUUCUUAUAAACACUGCUUUAACUUCUCAGUGCUUAAUCGAACUCAGUAGUGACUAUAGCAACUCUACCUUUGUGAUGAAUAAUCAGCUCUCUGGUAAUAGAAAUCAUGUAAAAUAUAUAUUGCU